UUUUUUCUGUGCGCCCUGUGCUAAGUAAUUCACAUAACAAGGUGUGUUCGAUUAUAUUUAAAUUCACUAGUGCACCCUGUUUUGUUUAUUUAAACUCAAUUCCAAAUGUCAUUCUACGAGUGUUGUAAUUUUCACACAAAAUAUCUGGUAUAAUAUAUAUGCAAAUUAGGCUAAAUAAGUGCUCGAAAUAUAUAUAUUGCAUACCUAAUUUUAUUCAUGAUACCCUAUUAACACAAUUUAAAAACAACGAGGAAGCAUAAUAUCAGUAUGCUACAAUUUUCUUCGCUCAGUCAAUUUCCCUCUACAUCGUAUCAAAACAAUCAGUAGUCACUUCAUAACAAAACUAUGGCAACACUUUUCGGUACUGAGCAUUUUUAUUUUCAUGUGGAGAAUCAAUGCGAAACGAGCUGAAACAGUUUUUUGUUGUGCUAUUUUGUGUUUGGAUAAGUUUUUACAGGAAAAACAAAUAAAUUAUAAAAUUUUUGUGAAAAGGAUAAAUAUAAAGAUAACUCAAAGGUUCAGAAGUUGAUGAAUAAAAAGUCUUUUCACAACAAAAGCCUUGUGAUUAAUUUUCCCGGUCGAGAAUUGCUAGACAAAACGCUAUAAACGGCAAAAACACAAGUCCGAUAGCGGCUAGUACAUAUUGAAAUCGGAAUCAAUUUGUUUGGAUAUCGUGUAGUUCGUAUUGUACGAUUAAUUUGGAUAUUUAUAAUAGUGAAUCACGCAGUAACAAUAAUAGUGACUGAGGAAUAACGUUAAUAAAUCAUCGUACUUCGUUUCGUUGGUCAUCUCAUACAAUUGCAGGUGAUCUAGUAGGGGAAACGGAACAUUUGGAAGUCGUGUUUUGUGUAAACAGCGCAUUUUGCGCCAACACAGAUUGCUGGAGUGCCAUUAGGGCUAUAAGUCCAAAUUGCAAACGUAUAUACCUACAUAUAUAUCACAACAGUCAGUUGCGCACGCAAAUUUUGAAAGAAGCAUUCGUUUUAUUAGAAAAGAAAAACCAAAUAGCUGGUGAAAAGGAGCAGAAGUCGACAACGACGGCACAUCCUUGCCCAAAAGCACUGUACUAGCUGUACGCGACUCCCCUUACACCCACACACACACACACAAAACACUCCAAUAAAAUGGGUCAAACCCUUUCAGAACCAGUCACAGCCAAAGAGUCUGCGUAUUGUCAAAAUGAAUUGUAUCGCGUCGGUUCCAGCUGCAUGCAAGGAUGGCGCAUCAACAUGGAGGACUCGCACACGCACAUACUUUCCCUGCCUGACGAUCCCGGCACAUCGUUCUUCGCUGUCUACGAUGGUCAUGGCGGUGCCACAGUAGCACAGUAUGCUGGCAAACAUCUUCACAAAUUCAUACUAAAGCGGCCCGAGUACAAAGAAAAUAUCGAGAAGGCUUUGAAACAGGCAUUUCUGGACAUCGACUAUGAGAUGCUGUACAAUGAGUCAUGGGGCGAACAAAUGGCCGGCUCGACGGCUGUUGUUGUACUUAUUAAAAAUAACCGUUUGUAUUGUGCCAAUGCUGGUGAUUCGCGUGCGAUUGCCUGCAUCAAUGGAGAGGUAGAGACUCUGUCGUUGGACCAUAAGCCAAAUAAUGAGGCUGAAACCAAGCGCAUACAUGAGGGUGGCGGCUACGUGGAAUUCAAUCGUGUCAAUGGCAAUUUGGCGCUAUCACGGGCACUCGGUGAUUUCAUAUUCAAGCGCAAUGCCAAUAAGAAGCCUGAGGAACAAAUAGUAACUGCAUAUCCCGAUGUGGAGACACGUGAAAUAUCAGCCGAUUGGGAGUUCAUUGUGCUGGCAUGCGAUGGCAUAUGGGAUGUAAUGAGCAACAAAGAAGUCGUCGACUUUUGUCGGAAGCGUAUCGGCAUGGGUAUGUAUCCGGAAGAGAUUUGUGAAGAGCUGAUGAAUCAUUGUCUCGCACCCGAUUGCCAAAUGGGCGGCCUGGGUGGCGACAAUAUGACUGUUGUGCUUGUCUGUUUUCUACACAAUAAACCGUACGAAGAACUGAUAGCGCGCUGCGCUAAAAAUAACAAUAUUAACGGCAGCAGCGGUAACAUAACCACAACAUCGUCUAUGGAUGAGGAUCAUCUCGAUUUAAAAUAACAAAACUCCACCAUCUUCUCCAUAUUCAAUGCUAGUAGAGCAACAGCAAAAACCGUAGCGGCAACAACAUCAAUAACAGGCAAUUCGACAGUCGACAAUGCAAUAACCAUUACUACCAUGUCCCUGACUACUACAUGCAAUAAGAAUGCUACCGUUAGAGCUAAGAAAAUUUCCAAUCAACUAAGAAUUGCGACAAGCAUCAUUAAGAGCACUAAUUAUAUUUAUCGUAAAAUCUAUAGGUUGCGUUACUUAAUAAUUGUGUUCCUUGUGUUUAUGACCUAUGCAUAUCUAUAUUUUGGUAUUUAAAAAUUUUUUGUUGGUUGCGAAGCGUUGUAUACCAGAUACACACGUCGUCGCAUAGUUAAAUUUCAAAGAUUGUGACUUUUGUUGACUGCAAAUAUUAAAACUUAUAAAAUUAUAACUACAUAAACGAUUUCAACCUACUACCUACUCUACAAAUGCUUUUAUAGUACAGACAUAUACACGUACAUAUAUUAGUAAUACACAAAUUAGUUAAUGCCACAUUGACGGAUGUUUUUGUUUGUUUUUGUAUUUCCUCUGUUUAGCAAGUGUUUACAAAAUUUAUGAAAAAAUUGUAAAAAUUACUGUUCUAUUAAUAAUAUUAUAUUGUAUUGUAAAACCCUAAAACUAAAUUUAAAGCGUAGUUAAAACUUUUGAGCAUAAGAAUUAGUCAACAUAAUUAGCGAUGUAAUCAUCAAACAUACAUAAAUACACUUAUAUGCUGGCAUACUGGCAAUAGUUACCUAACUGUAUGAUUCAAAUAAGAUAUUAUUUGGUUACAAUUUUUAUUUUGAAACACUUAUAAAUUACUUUGUGUGUGAGGUCGAGAUAUUGACUGAGAUGAAAUAAAAAUUUAGUUGUAUACUUGAAAAAAAAAGCAAUGGUUUUUGUUUCUGCGAUGUACGAACCACGGUUAGAUGGAUAUAAAUUAAUGUUUUAUUACCACUAUUUCCUUGCUAUUCUUUUAAAAUUCUUAAACGGGAAUUUGAUGAAAAUAAUGCUUUUAGUUUUGAUAUACUUAUGUGUGUAAAAUUUUAAUAGACAAUCGUAACAUACUUUUCCACAACAUUUCGCACACCCCCCUGAAGUUUCUGUUUGUACCUCCCAAAAAAAUGCAAUCCAAGGUAAACCAGCUCUUUACUUACAAUCAAAUAUUUUUACUUUUCCGAAGUUAUACCCAGUUAAAGUUAUGCAUCAAAGCGUAUAGCAUGCGUAUAGCACCAAGUAGUAUAAGCUACACAGAAUUUAUAAGAUAUUUUUUGUAGAGCCGAAAAUGUAUUAUUAGAAUAUUACUUGCCUCACGCAAAAUAUAAAAAAAUGCCAUGUCAAUUAAAUGUGAAAAGUAAAAUGAUUUAGGCACGGUUUAAAUUGAAAAUAAAGAGCUUGUACGUUGAAUCUGAAAAAUAUUCUGAAACUUCAGGGGAGGUUUGCAAAAAAAAUUAUCUUAAUGUUACAUGCCCGACUGAAUUCGAAUUUAAAUUAAAAAAAAAAUAGAUUUGACUUUUGAACUUUUUGAUUUAAUCGUUUUCAGUUUUAAACCUUCAAAGCCCCACACUUCUAAUGUUAUAAACUUUUUAAAAUUAAAAUUAUAUUUUAUAGUUAUUAUAUAAAAAAAAAAUUGUGCCUCUGAUGAAAAUGCUUUAAGAUUUCAACUUUAAAUAGAGUUUUUAUGGGAUCAUAUAUCUUUAUACCAAAACAUAUUUUAUACCCGCUAUAUAUUGUUAUAAUCGCAGUGAUUCAUUGCUGUUUCAUGGACUCAAGUAAAGGAUCGGGAAAACGAAAUAUUAAUUUUUGUAAAAAAUAUUAUUUCUACCAAGUAUAUUUCUUAAAAUAUAGCAUUUAAAAUGUAAUAUGUGUCACUCAACACUUAUUAAGAGUCUGCAGUAGUGGAGAAUUAAUAAAUUACUCCCUAAAUAAAAGAUAAUGUUAUGAAGAGUUAGCGUUUUAGUGAAACGUAAGCUGAAAAUCACAACGCAUUUAUGUAUUCAUACCAAGAAAUAAAUUAUGGUUAUUUAAAAAGUCGGAAGAACGAAGAUAAAUAUCGUCACACUUAAUUUGUAAAUGCGAGCAAAUGUUAUACUUACUAUGUAAAUAAAAAAUUUCAACUCAAAUGAUAUCACAAAUCGUUCCCCAUAUUCCAUCCUCUAGUGAAAAGUCAAAUUGAGAGCUUUAUUGCUAAGUAAAUGUUUGUAUGGUAGCAUUGUUUCAUAUUAUAUAUAUUUACAUGUAUGAAUAAAUUUAGAAGAUUUGAAACGACUCUUCUGAUUUAUAUUGAAUUAGACAAAGCCUUCGCUUGAUUUCUUUUAAUCCGAUACAUUUGAUUUAAAUGGAAUUUUUUAUAAGAGAAAGUUAUUAUGGUGAAAAUGUUUCUGAUGAAGCUCCAAAGAUUGUAUUAGAUUAUUUUGAAAAUACUUUUAACCAGAAGACUUUUUAUUGCAGGUAUACUCGUAUGCAUAGUGUAUUAAAAUUACACCAUCAAAGAUGUAACACUUACAUACACUUCCAACCUAUAUAAAAGCAUGCGAACAAUGUGUUUUAUCUAUAAAAACAUACUUACUUAUAUAUACAAACAAAUAUAUGGUGUACAUUACGUAAUAAUAAAAUGUUAAUUUAAUAAA